ACAGGGUCGGCUGCAGCGCUCCUGUGAUCCAGUAGAUGGCAGAACAGUGGAGCUUCUGUCCAUGGUGCUGAAGAUUCGGAUGUCUCUGUCCGGGGUGCUGAACUGCUCCGGGCUGCUGGGCUCAGUGUGAGGCUGCUGUCCCACUCAUCGGUCCGUUCCGCGGGGUUGGGCCGCGGCUGCUGCUGCCUGCAGUAACUGGAGAGCGUUACAGGGACCGUCUGUCUGCCAGUCAGGAGAUGUCGAAGCGGAGGGGGAGGGGAGGGUAAGCUCACUUUGAAGUGUUUCAGUGUGUUCCAUCAAACUUAAAAUGAGUUCAAAGGUCAGACACUGAGCCAACGGUGGACCAGGGAGAGCCAAUCAACCGUAGAGGACAGCCUCAGCAUCAAAAUGAGCCAAGACACUACAGAGACACGAACACGAACCCGCUCCAAAGGCAACAGGGUGUCGUCCGAACCUUUGGGGCAAGAGAUGAAGCAGGAGUUAAGCAGCAGCUGUCCCACCCUUGGAUGUGAUGGCAAAGGCCACGUCAGUGGAAGAUACUCACGGCACAGAAGCAUACUGGGAUGCCCGAUUGUGAAGAAAAGGAAGCUGGAGGAGGCUGAGGCUGAGGAAAACCACUCUGCUCCCAAGAGAAAGAACCAGCCUGCCACGGCAGAAGCAGAGGAAGGCUUCACAGCAGACAGCGACGCCGCUGAGGAGGAAGAGGAGGAGGCGCAGAAAGAAGAGGAAGAGGAGGAAGAAGAAGAUCUCAAAGAGAAGAAGAACAACAACACAAAAAGCAGACCAGAGUCGACAAAAACAGACUGUUCCCUGGUGACAACAGAGGGUACACAAACAGCAGUUUGUCCUCCAACGGAAGUUGGUAACAACCAAAGCCUCACCUCGGAGACUGAGAACCAAACGGAGCAGGACAACACUAGUGAGGAAGUCAGCCAUGAUCCUCAGCCGGAGGAAAGGAAGGAGCAGGAGGAGGAAGGUCAGCAGCUGACAAAGGACCAGUUGUCAGAGCAACCUGAAGAAGAACUUACUGAGCCUGAAGAAACAAAAGAAGAGAAGGACAAGGAAGCAGAAGACAUAAAGGAAGAGCAGCAAGAGAGGCUAAAGAAUAUCGUUGAAGAGAAGGUGAUAAAAAGACAUGUGAUGAGCCAGGAAAACUGUGAUCACCAAUACUCCAGUGGAGAUUACAACCAUCAGCCCAAAGAAUCUACAGAGGAGCAGAGGAAGAGGGAUGAAGAGGAGGAGGAAGAGGAGGAGGAAGAGGAGGAGGAAGAGGAGGAGGAAGGGGAGGGAGAGGUCCAUCAAGAGCUUGACACUCCUUACACUUUGAGUCCACACACUGAGGGCUGUGAGGCGGAGCUGUCACUCAGGGAAGAGAAGCUCAGCAGCCCAAUGACUGAGGAAGAGGAGGAGGAUGACGAUGAGAGAGAGGAAGAGGAGGAUGAGAGACAGGGAAAGGAAGUAGGCGAGGUGGUGGAGGAGGAAGAGGAGGAAGAAGAGGAAGAUGAGGACCGAGACUCCAGCAAAGCCUCUCCAACUACAGUGGUUAUAGAGGUUCGCUCUGAGGAGGAGGACGAGGAUGAAGAAGAGGAGGAAGAGGAAGAAGAGGAGGAGGAAGAGGAAGAGGAGGAGGAGGAGGAGGAGGAGGAAGGAGAGGAGCAGGACCAUGUCUCAGAGGGCUCAGGAAUCACUGACGACUCAGAGAACUGGGAUAUGACGCGGGGGAACCUGGGGCUGCUGGAGCAGGCCAUCGCCCUGAAGGCCGAGCAGGUGAGGGGGGGCCAGGAGGCGCGCAGUUCCCCGGACUACCAGCCGGACUACCAACCGGACUACCAGCACGACUACCAGCCAUACAGCAGCAGCUCCAGCAAGAGCUGCGAGGCUUCUGCUAUGACCCGCCGCACGCCGCAUUACAGCAAAGACAAGAAGGAGGUGAAGUGUCCAACCCCAGGGUGUGAUGGGACAGGCCAUGUUACUGGGCUGUACCCUCACCAUCGCAGUCUUUCUGGAUGCCCUCACAAAGACAGAAUCCCUCCAGAGAUCCUGGCCAUGCAUGAGAACGUCCUGAAGUGUCCCACUCCUGGCUGCACAGGCCAGGGCCAUGUCAACAGUAACCGCAACACACACCGCAGUCUGUCCGGCUGCCCCAUCGCAGCAGCCACUAAGCUGAACAAGAGCCAGGACAAGCAGGUUCAUUUACAGGCUUCAGCCAGCGAACCCUCUUCCAACUCGGACAGAGUGCUCAGGCCCAUGUGUUUUGUGAAACAGCUGGAGAUCCCUCAGUACGGCAGCUACGGGCCCAACACAGUGACCACCACGCCUCGAGCUAACCUGGCCAAGGAGUUGGAGAAAUACUCCAAGGUGUCUUUUGACUAUGCAAGCUUUGAUGUCCAGGUGUUUGGAAAGCGUAUGCUCAUUCCAAAGACACCCAGCAGCACUGAAACGUCACCCAAAGCCUUCAAAUCUAAAUCAUUCCCUAAGGCCUCUUCCCCCAGCCACAGUGUGUCAGGAGGCUUUUCUAAGAGCGCCUCAUCCUCAAGUAGUUAUGACUAUAGCCAAGAUGCAGAGGCAGCCCACAUGGCAGCCACAGCCAUCCUCAACCUGUCCACUCGUUGCUGGGAGAGACCAGACACCAUCAGCACCAAGCCCAGGGAGCCCUGCACCAAGGAGUCGGACAUUGAAGUGGAUGAGAACGGCACCUUGGACCUCAGCAUGAAGAAGACCAAGAGGGAUGAUGUGCAGCCUCCAGAGCCUUCCUCAUCCUCGUCUUCAUCCUCCCAACACAUGGGAGCCCCCUUGUCCCAGGGCCACACUCCGCCAGAGUGGGAGGGGCCACUGGACUUCACCAAACAAAGUGGAGUUAAAGAGGAAGACCACGCAGAGGUGGAAUACACGGCUCCCUCAUACACCUCAUCUGAUGGUGAGGAAGAGGACCAGGAGAACCUGGAGGACAGGAAGUACCCCGGUGAAGUCACCACCAGCAGCUCCAAGCUCAAGUUUCAACCCAAAGACAGCAAAAAAGACAUUCUUGCAUGUCCCACCCCAGGAUGUGACGGCAGUGGGCACAUCACUGGCAACUACGCAUCACAUCGAAGUCUGUCAGGCUGUCCUCUUGCUGAUAAAUCACUUCGGACCCUCAUGGCUGCCCACACAGCUGAACUAAAGUGUCCCACUCCAGGUUGUGAUGGAUCAGGCCACAUCACAGGAAACUAUGCUUCACAUAGAAGUCUGUCCGGAUGCCCUCGAGCCAAGAAGAGCGGGGUCAAAUCCACCCCCACCAAGGACGACAAGGAAGACUCUGAGCUGUUGAGGUGUCCAGUUCCUGGCUGUGACAGUCUGGGCCACAUCAGCGGGAAGUAUGCCACGCACCGCAGUGCCUACGGCUGUCCGCUGGCAGCCCGCCGGCAGAAGGAAGGUCUCCUUAACGGCACUCCCUUCUCCUGGAAGGCCUUCAAGAAUGAGGGCCCAACGUGCCCAACGCCAGGCUGCGAUGGCUCCGGCCACGCUAACGGCAGCUUCCUGACACACCGCAGCCUGUCAGGUUGCCCCAGAGCGUCGGCCAACAAGAAGAGAUCCAAAUUCCCCGGAGACGAGUACAUAACUGCUAAGUUCCGUGCCAGUGAUGUUUUGGACAACGAUGAGGACAUCAAGCAGCUCAACCAGGAGAUCAACGAGCUGAGCGAGUCCAACUCUGAGAUGGAGGCCGACAUGAUCAACCUGCACACUCAGAUCUCUUCAAUGGAGAAGAACUUGCAGAGCAUGGAGGAGGAGAACCAACAUAUCGAGGAGAGGAAUGAGGCGUUGUUCCUUGAGCUGUCGGGACUGAGUCAGGCCCUGAUCCGCAGCCUGGCCAACAUCCGGCUGCCCGCCAUGCAGGAGCCGCUGUCAGAGCAGAAUUUGGACAGCUAUGUGGAAACCCUGACCCACAUGUUCACCAAUAAAGACUGCAACCAGAACCCGGAGAACCGGGCUCUGCUGGAGUCCAUCAACCAGGCGGUGAAGGGCAUCGAGGUGUGACAGACGGGAGGAACGCAGGGCAUUGCCGUGACCACAUCAAUCUUUCUUUCCAAACCCUUUAGAUACUGUAUGUAAUUAAUUCUUCUCGUUUGGAACUUUGUCAUCUGUUCUAUGCAUUAGUUUGCUGUUUGCAUGUAUCUUUACGAUGGUAUGAGCGUGAACAGGUUAGGGUGUGGAUGUCAAGUGUGCUAGCACACUGGAAUUACACAGUUACUGUGAGCAAGGUAUCCACAGACAGGUACAGCGUGCAGAACAAAGUCAGGAUGCAGUAUAGAGCCUGAGUUAGUUAGUGAACACACCCCGUCUCCACUCAAUAAUGUUGAUAGUAUUCUAUAUGAAUAUAGUGAUGUUGCACAUCCAGGACUAGUUUAUAGAUUCAUUCUUACUAUUGCUGUGUUACUGUUUAAGUCCUUUUGCAAAUGUUGGUUUAAUAACGUAUUCAUUCAUGUCUGCUGUAUUAUUUUUUAUGUCAACCUAUUUAUGAUUCAUUACCUAUUUAUUAUUUUUUAAGUUAUUUUCAAAAUGCUACCUGAGAAGAUUUUAAAUGGUAACAAAGAGAAGGAAAUCAUUUCCUCUGCAUUGUUGAACAAAGAGGAAAUAUUUUAAGAUAUCACUAUGAAUUGUUUUAUAUAUCUUAUUAUUUAUUGAAAAUACUGGGAUCUUUUUAAGUGCAAAUAUUUUGUAACUGAAAGUUUUUUAAUAAUUUUCUAAAGAUUUUCUUUUUUUUGGUGCUUCUGUUUAUAUGAUUUCCCUUUUUAUUUUCACAAACUAUUUUGAGUACAUUGCAAUACACCGGGAAUAUUGAGCUGCACAUAUUUGGUAUUUAUUUGGUGAUGAAGAAAAAAGUGAUUGUGAAUAUUUAUUUUGUAUUGUCUCUGUGUUAAUUAUGGCUGUGUCUGAAUAAGUCUAAGUUGCUUUUAAAAUAAAGGUUAACCCACAGUGAA